UCAGUACUAGUUCAUGUUUGUGCACCACGUGGGGAGUGAGUUUAACCCUUUCUGUUCCGGGUAAUUGAAACCAUCUGCCUUUGUAUAAAGUAAGACACAGCCCUUGUGAUUCCCUGACAGUCGGAUCAGUGCAGUGAGUGGGAACAGAACUCUACUGUUUGCCAGAGGAGCUGACGCUCUGCCCAUUAGGGACCUUCCCCUUGUUGUGGUUGUGCAACUUGUGGAACUGACACUGCCUGGCCUAUGGAACACAGCUCCUCACUCCUCACUCACAAGAACCAACAACAAGUUUCCGCAGAUCCACCAGGAUUUCAUUCCCCCCUCUGCCUGGGACGUCUCUCCUCUUUCAGUUUCAGCAAAGCACAAACAAAGGGCAAGUCUGCCCCCACUCUGCCCCCACUGUGCCUGGGAAGAAGCCUUUGUGCUUGGGGCUAAGGACUGACAGCCAGAGGGGGAAGGGCAGAGGUUCAGCUCCCUGUUGUGUCACAUUGUGGAUUUUCGGAGAUUAUCACAUUGGACUUUGCUCAGUCACAUUGGGAUGGUGAGGAGUCAGAGUCGCGCGGGGAGCUCAGAAGUGCAAGUCGUGUGUAAAUGCCCCGUGGUCUCCAGUAGUGCCAGUGGGUAAGUCAAUAAAUACCAUGCACUGCUUGCCCCAUGGCUCACAUAAGGACGUGGUAUUUGAAGGUCUUACUCUGUGUUGGAACCUUCCUGCUCUUCAUAUUGGUUUGGUGCCAUGUUACCCAACUACUGGGAGAACCUAAAGGAGGACUGGGCCUUGACUUGUCUCCCCUCUUCUCAGGAGACCUUGUCCAACCAUCCUGCCCAGAAGGACUAGUGCUCCUCAUCUUGGUCACCUCACACCCAGCUCAUACCGAGCAAAGGAAGAUCAUCAGGAAAACUUGGGGCGCCCAAAGUGAGAUGGCUGCUUACCCCUGGCAGGCAGUCUUUCUGAUUGGACGUACACUGGACUUAGAACUGGACUGGCAUCUCCAUAAAGAGCAUGUAGCCAACAGUGACCUCCUAAUGGGGAACUACCUGGACACCUAUCGGAACCUGACCCUGAAGGUGAUGCAUGGAUUAAAGUGGGCAGUAGACAGGUGCCACCCUCGCUACAUUCUGAAGACCGAUGAUGACUGCUUCGUCAACACUGACCGGCUUCCAACCUUCUUGGCUCGUACCAAUAGGAUCCGACAAGGUCUCUAUGUUGGUUCAACAUUCUCCAGGGAAAAGCGUGUUGUCAUAAGGGACCCCUCCAGUAAGUGGUACGUCUCAAAGCAGAACUAUGAUCCAGACACCUACCCCCCUUAUGCCAGUGGAAUUGGCUACAUCUUGUCUCUUGAUGUGGCUCACACUGUGUUGGCAACGGCACAGACCACACCAUCCAUUCCCAUGGAAGAUGCCUAUGUUGGGAUUUUGGCUGACAGAGCAGGGGUCAAGCUCCUCUCCAGCACCAGAUUUGCCAAACACAACCUCAAGUGGAGCAUCUGCAACUACCGCUACCUCAUGGUCAUUCAUCGGGUGUCCCCGGCAGAGCAGGAGUUGGCCCAAGGGAAUGUCCAGCUGGCCAACACUGACUGUACCAUGAACAAGGAGGUGAAACACUGGUAGUCACAUAAUGUUAUGUGGGCUGUAGCUCGGGACUGGAUGGGCCACCAACUGGAAAUUUACAGGUCACGUUAUAGUGAUUCAUGGGGAGAAGAACCAAGAACUGGAAACCCAACAGGACCAGGAGGUCUACAUGUACUUACCUCCUGUGAUCUCAUGAGUAUAUAAUGUAUGUUCCUGCAAGGUUUGUAAUAAAUCAGUUAUUUAAUUACACUGAAAAGGAACAGAGGUCUGACCCCGUUAUGCUGCUUAGCUUUCUGGCACAUUGGUAAGUGUUCCCAUUGGUCUAUAGGCUAAAGGCUCAGUCAGUCAGUAUUGCAAUAGAAAAAGACAUUCUCCAUUAAUAGUAUUUCUCCCUGUGUGACAUAAGCAGCAUCUCCAAUAUCCUAAUUAUCAUGUCCGGCCAUAUAGUUCUGCUCAUCUUACUACACUUUUACUAUCACUCACCAACCCUACUAACUACUGGGCCCAACAGCACAACAUUCCAUCACAAUGUCACACCUCCCAACUGGGCCCUUAUUAGUGGAACAGUCCCAAUAUUGACAGCUCAUCCCGCAGUCCCGGGUUUGUUACUGAAACGUCCCAACUUUCUCUUUGAUCUCCUGCACUGAACAGCCAGAGAAAGAUACAAAGUUUCUGAAACUUAACUGGCUUUUGGCAGAGAGCCCAGAACACUCAGCAGGUGCACUUAGAUACUUUUGUAAUAAUUUAAGAUAAGCAAAGAUACAAUUGUAACAAUUUAUGAUAAGCAGGUCUCUUGGGGAAACUGUGUCUUGGAGCUUAAAGGGCAAUUCAGCUUCAUUAUCAAAACUGUAAUAACACAUAAAAACCACAGAAAUGUGUUCAAACUUUUAUAACCUGCCAAAUUUUGUAAAAUGAACAUGGUAAUUAUGGGGUGUGGCCACAAAAAAUGGGCGUGGUCAAAUAUUGUUGUCCCUCUUUCUAUUUCACAAAUGUUGGGAGGUAUGAAUGUUCAUGGAUCUGAUCCCCAUUGUGAGCAGCAGUUCUGCCCUGCUUUAUGGCUGACAUGCCAGUACCACAGUGGGUAUGAACUCUAUCCAAUACCAGUGACUGUGGGUUUAGAGGAUUCAUUGUGACAUAAAAAUGAAAAUGUAGAAAAGAACAAAAAUGGUUGAUUUAUGAAAUAAAAUAAAUUCUCAUAACA